CGAGAGAACGCCCGAGAGAGAGAGAGAGAGAGAGAGUGAGAGCGAGCAAGCGAAUUGGUCCUUGGCGUUUCUAAUAUUUUUCCGAGUUAUGGCUUCUGCGGUUGUGGCUGCUGGAAUGAAGCGAAAAAGAGAGGAAUCAUCUUCAACCUUAUCGUUGUCAUCUGGACUCAAUCAUGAAGUAUUCUUGAAUUUUAGAGGUACAGAUACUCGUGAAGAAUUCACAGAUGUCCUUCACGAAAAACUGAAAAAUGCAGGGAUCGUGGUCUUCAGAGACGAUGAAAAGCUCUGUGCCGGAGAAGAGAUCAAUAAGGGGCUAAAAGAUGCGAUCAAGCGGUCAAGGAUCUCGAUAGCCAUCUUCUCCAAAGAUUAUGCUUCUAGUAAAAGUUGCCUCAUGGAGCUGGUACAAAUGUGGGAGUGCAGAAAAUCAAAUGGACAGAUUAUUAUCCCCAUUUUCUAUGAUGUUACUCCCAAAGAAGUAAAACACCAGACUGGGGAUUUUGCAACGUCCUUCGAGAAACAUAAGGAUGACAAAGUCCACUCAGAUACCAUCAAAACAUGGAAGGAGGUUCUUGAAAAGAUCGUUGAGUUAGUUGGAUAUGAGCGGAAGAACAUAAAUAGCGGGCAUGUGACCGACCUCCUAGAAAACGUUGUUACACGUGUCAGGCAGGAGUUGACUGAGGAUGACCAAGAUGUAAUCGACAAACUAGUUGGAAUCGAUCUUCAUGUUCAAGAGAUGAUGACAAAGCUUGGUGUUGUCUACAGCCAUGGACAAGCGAUGAAAGUAUGUGGAGAAGGCGUACGUGUUGUCGGAAUAUGCGGUAUGUCGGGUGUCGGAAAGACUACACUUGCAAAGGUUGUCUUCAACAAGAUUCAUAAGUUGUUUGAUGAAUGUAGCUUCUUCAAAGGUAUAAAUUCAGAAGGAGUCAAGGUUUCCCAAGAUCUUUUGAUUGCUGACCUUCAAAACGAAAAACCUGAACCACUGAGACCUUUUGGUAAAGGUAAUAAAAAAAUAAAAAGUCUUUUUACCAACAUGAAGGUUCUCAUUGUGCUUGACGAUGUGCAUGAGGAUCAACAAAUUGAGGCAUUAGCUGGGAAGCUUACUUGGUUGGGUUCAGGAAGUAGAAUCAUUGUGACCACAGAUAACAGAGAUGUUUUAAAUGUUUUCGACGAUGAAGCAGUUGAAAAAUACAAGGUUAAACCAAUGGAAAAUCACCAUGCUCAUCAACUCUUUUGUAAGCAUGUUUUUCAAGAGAAUGCCCCCCCAGAUGUCCCCGAGUACGAUUCCUUGUCCAGAGACAUCGUCAAAGCUCUUGGAGGGCUUCCUAUGGCUAUUGUGCUUCGGGCAAAAUUUUUAAAGAAAAAGAAGAAUAUAGAGAUGUGGAGAAGUACCCGGGAUUCCUUAAAAAACCAUCCACAUGAGAGAAAAGUAGAAGCUGCCCUUAAGGCCAGUUACGAAUCUUUAGAUGAUCGUACAAAGGAGAUAUUCCUAGACAUAGCAUGUUUUUUUAUUGGAAAGGAUGAGAGGAUUGCCUCUUACAUGUGGAAGGCUUGUGGUUACUUUCCUCCUAUAGAAAUAGAAGAACUUCGUGACAUGCAUUUCUUGGAAGAUGGAGAAAAUAAUGAAUUAAGAAUGCACAGUCUGUUAAGAGACUUUGGCAGGAAGCUUGUUGAGAAGAACGUUCUUCAAGAGCGCUGCAGGAUUUGGAAAUUCAGUGAUGCACGUUCCAUUCUAAUGGACGGUCAGAGUAAUGAACGUGUCCAAGGCAUUAGUCUCCUAGUUGAAGAGGCUUGCACCGUCCCUUUUACAUGUGAAAAAUUUGGCAAAAAAUCAAAAUUGAGGUACCUCAGACUGGAUGGGGCUAACAUUGUGGGAACAUCUGAGAAUCUUCUUCCAAAUUUGAAGUACCUCAGACUGGAUGGCACUAACAUUGAGGAAAAAUCUAAGGAAAAUCCUAAGAAUCUUCUUCCAAAUUUGAGGUGGCUAGAUUGGCGAAAGUGCCAUUUCAUUUCUGAGCUAUGUGAUGUGGAUUUGAAGGAGUUAGUCAUUCUCGAUCUGUCCAGGAAUCCAGUCACCAGAUAUUCACAAGUCUGGAGGCAAAUCAUGGAGAAGGUGAAGGAAUUGAAAGUCUUGAACCUACAAGGAUGUGAUCUGUUAGGAGCAUCAUUGAAGUUUUCAGCUUCAUUCGAUUUGGAGAUGUUGAUAAUGGAAGAUUGUACUCGGUCACCUGGACUUGGGACGUACAUCAGUAAACUGGAGCGCUUGCAAUACUUGAAUUUGAGAAACUACAAGGGAGUCCAGCAGUUGCUACAACAACUGCGCGGCAAGGAACUUUUGACGGAACUUCUGAUUGAUGGAACUGACAUCGAAGAAAUUCAUAUUGAGAAUGAUUCUUUGAAGAAUCUUGAAGUACUUAGUGCUCGUGACUGUAAAAAAUUGAAAGAUAUAUCCCCAAUUGGCCACCUAACGAAACUCAAAAGUCUUGCUCUGGAUGGUGCUAAUAUUGAUUGGGUUCCAAAAACUUUUGAAUUUCCUCAGGAUCUUCAGACACUUUCUUUAAGGAAUUGUUCAAUGUUCGAAGAACUUCCACCUUCCAUCGGGAAGCUGGAGAAGCUGGAGGUAAUGGACCUUUCAGACACUAGAAUCACAGAACUACCAGAGUCAGUCAAGGAUUUGAGAAAUUUAAAGACGCUGAAGAUGGAACGCACUCACCUACAAAAUUUUCCUGAAGAUAUUGUGAACUUAAAGAAACUGGAAGAGAUAGAUUUCUCUGGCUGCAAAAGUUUGGUGGCCCAAGAUAGUUGUGAUAUUUCAGGACUAUCCUCUUUGAGAAUUUUGAGAUUAUCAUCAUCCAAUGUGGCUGGGCUGCCUCAGGGCAUUUGUGGUCUCUCUCGCCUCCGAACCCUUGACGUAAGUAAAUGCGAACGACUUCAAACACUACCAGAGUUGCCCUCCAGUUUACUCACUCUCUGCUGGGGAUCCAAAAUCAUGGCAGCCCCCGAAUUGACAAAUCUGACGAAUCUAAAAGAGCUAUGCUUGAACAAUGAUGAGCGGCCAGAAGCAGGGUCAUCGAAUCCGACCCCAGAUAUUGGGUGGAUCUUGGGAUUAACAAGUCUAGAGACCUUUGAAUUGUCCCUUCCAAAUGUCACCAGUCUCCCUGGGGAUUUUAGAGCCCUUACUCAGCUCCGGGAACUCACUUUAUCCUACAUGAAGGAGCUAGUCCUCACACAACUUCGCUUGUCCCGAAGCUUAUGGACUCUGCGUCUCAAACACUGCAACAUUCAAAAGUCAAACUUUUCUGGUCUGAAAUAUCUGUCAGAACUAGAACUAGAGGACUGCGAUUUAGCAGAGAUUGAUGGUCUGGAAGAUUUAACGCUUUUGGAAGUCCUGAAAAUUUCUCGAUGCAAGGGUAUAACAAACCUUAAUGGGCUAAAAAAAAUAGGAUGUCUCCGGAUGGUGCAAGUUUUCUCUUCUCCUCAAGUCAUUCUACCAAAAUUAUCCGAACGUGUUGUAGUGGACAGAUGCGAUCAUUAGUCUAUACGUCCGUAUCUUGCAUUCUUCUCGGUCAGUGGAUAGAUAGUCUCUGUCCUGUAUGAACUACUAUUGAACUUUCGAGUCUUCGACA